ACUGUUAGCACUUUUUCAUUGCUUAGCUUUCAUAGCUUUCAUAGCUGAGACAUCGACAAUGCUGCUCCAAAGUCUCUUGGCCACUGUCCUGGUAUUCCAGGCAUGUCUGGCUGGCCCCCUUUCUCUCGACCCCAGAAUCACCGACGGUAGCGAUGCCAUGCCCGGUGAAUUCCCUCAUCAAGUAUCUAUUCAAUGGGGUUUUCCACCUUUCAUUUCUUAUCAACACACCUGUGGAGGUUCGAUUCUGGAUGAGAAGACCAUUUUGACUGCUGCACACUGCAUUCCGGAAUUUGGCGUUUUGAAAAUAAUCGCUGGCAAGUACUUCCUUGAUAUCGAAGAGGAUAGCAACCAGGAGUCUCUCGUCAACAGAAUCAAGGUUCACGAAGGAUUUAAAGGAGACAUUUCUCAACACGAUAUCGCUAUCUUAAAACUGGCGACACCUCUCGUCUACAACGAGAAAGUAUCCGCUAUCCAGUUGCCUCCUCAAGGUGAGCUAGAAACCGGAGAUGCCUUACUCAGUGGAUGGGGCUCGAUCUCGAAGGACUUCCUGCCAGUACUGCCCGCCGUCCUCCAGAAAGUCACCGUUCCCGUACUGGAUAACGUCUCAUGUCUGAAGAGAUUCCCGAACAACAUUAUCGGCAAGCAGCCGGAACUCUUCGACACGCAGAUCUGCACUGACUCUACUAAGGGAGAAUCCGCUUGCUCGGGCGACUCUGGCGGCCCGCUGGUGCAAGUCGUGGACAAAGUUACCAAGCAGAUCGGCAUCGUUUCAUGGGGUAUCUACCCAUGCGGUGCGAAUCUCAUGCCUUCAGUCUACACCCGCGUGUCCUCCUACACCGAUUGGAUCAACAAGAAUAGGGAAUUUGCAGCUCGGGAAUACCGAUCCUCAUCAAACAUCGAGAUGUCUCUCAAAGCAAUCAUAGUCUUUGCUCUCCUGGCGGUGGCGUUUGCCGAGAAACCGUACCUCGGUUUCCGUUUACCCGACCUGACCCAAGUGGUCGGGGGCAACGAGGCCAAGGAACAUGGUUAUCCAUACAUCGUGUCCAUGCAAUGGGCAGGCAGCCAUUUGUGUGCCGGAUCCAUCCUCAACCAACGUUGGAUCUUAACUGCAGGACACUGCGUUCAAGCAGUUCCAGGUGUUGACCAGUUGGGCAUCAAAGCUGGGAAACACAACCUCAGAAUUAUUGAGAAUAGUGAACAGUCGAUCAAAGUCGUGGCAACCUAUGUACAUGAAAACUAUAGAGGUGGCGUCGGACCCUUCGAUAUCGCCUUGAUGAAGCUCGCGAAAGAUUUGACGUUCACGAAGGAGGUGCAACCGAUCGCACUACCGGAAAAGAACAGCGAGCCCACGGGAGACGCGAUUCUUUGCGGCUGGGGCUCCACCUCGAAAACUAUAGUCCCGAAUAUGCCAGACAAGCUUCAGGACGCUAAACUGCCCAUCGUCGACCGCCAAUCUUGCGACAAUGCCGUCAGGCGCCUUACUGGGUCGUCCCCGGUUCACGAGACCAAUGUCUGCACAGGUCCACUGGAAACCGGUGGAUUCUCCGCUUGCAGCGGUGACUCCGGCGGUCCUUUGGCCCAGAAGAAUUCAGACGGCAGUUCGACAAUCAUCGGUAUUGUGUCUUGGGGUAUUAUCCCGUGCGGCACCCGCGGUGCGCCAUCCGUGUACGCUAGACCAUCCCUGUUCAACGACUGGAUCGCGCAGAUAAUGAAAAACAACUAACACAAUAAUCGAAUUGAACCGGUCGGUUAUGACGACAAUGAUGGCGAAACUUUAGCGCCCUUAGAGCGCGGCGAUAAUAAAUAAUACGCGAGAAAUAUAAACGAUGUUGUAUACUGCUA